GCCGCAGGAGGCGGCGGCGGCGGGGCCGCGGCGAAGCUGGCGGAGCUGGGCCGCGCCGCGCCCGGGGCCGGUACCGGGGCCGGUACCGGGAUGAUGCGGAGCCAGUGCCUGCUCGGGCUCCGUUCCUUCGUGGCCUUCGCCGCUAAACUCUGGAGUUUCGUGCUCUACCUGCUGAGGAGGCAGGUCCGCACCGUGAUCCAGUACCAGACCGUGCGCUACGACGUGCUGCCCCUGUCCCCCAUCUCCAGGAACCGCCUGAACCAGGUGAAGAGGAAGAUCCUGGUGCUGGACCUGGACGAGACCCUGAUCCACUCCCACCACGACGGGGUCCUGAGGCCCACGGUGCGCCCCGGGACCCCCCCCGACUUCAUCCUCAAGGUGGUGAUCGACAAACACCCCGUGAGGUUCUUCGUGCACAAACGGCCCCACGUGGAUUUCUUCCUGGAGGUGGUGAGCCAGUGGUACGAGCUGGUGGUGUUCACGGCCAGCAUGGAGAUCUACGGCUGCGCCGUGGCCGACAAGCUGGACAACAACCGCAGCAUCCUCAACCGCCGCUACUACCGACAGCACUGCACGCUGGAGCUGGGCAGUUACAUCAAGGACCUGUCGGUGGUGCACAGCGACCUGUCCAGCAUCGUCAUCCUGGACAACUCACCUGGCGCCUACCGCAGCCACCCAGGUACCCCCAAAAAUCCCCAAAUUGCCCCAAAAAUAAUCCCAAAAAAUCCCAAAAAUCCCUGCCCCGAAAUUCCUAAAAUUCACCCCAAAAAUCCACCCCAAAUCCGACAGCUCACCUGGCACCUGGCAGAGCCUCCCAGGUACCCAAAAAUUCCCCAAAAAUCCCAAAAAAUCCCAAAAUUGCCCCAAAAAUAGUCCCCAAAUACCCCA